CUAGAGGCGAGGGGGAGGAGCAACAACAGUCUGGACUUUGCGACAAUUGCCUUCGGUUUCCGGCAUAAACACAUGGGAAACAGUAAGGGAAUCAUGAGAGGUCAAAAGUUCUUUUUAUAAUCUUUGACAGAAAUCAAAGCAUAUCCCUGAAGCAUGGCCAGCUCCAUGGUGGCGGCGGGUCUGGCUCUGGCAGCGGCUGGAUUCGCAGGUCGGUAUGUCAUGCAGGCCAUGAAGCAAAUGGAGCCUCAGGUGAAACAGGCUCUUCAGAGUUUUCCCAAGACGGCUUUCGGAGGAGGGUAUUAUAGAGGAGGGUUCGAACCAAAAAUGACAAAAAGAGAGGCUGCCCUGGUUUUAGGUGUCAGCCCUACCGCCAAUAAAAAUAAGAUCAGAGAAGCACACAGAAAGCUGAUGGUUUUGAACCAUCCCGACCGAGGUGGAUCUCCCUAUUUAGCAGCAAAAAUAAAUGAAGCUAAGGACCUAAUGGAUGGCCAGGCUAAGAAGUAGAACUGCUUUGCUGAUGGAUUGUUUGAACUCCAACUGAAUCUUUUUCAUGCUGUUGCACUGACUUAACACGUGAUUUUUUAAAAAUCCUCUUCAAUAAAGUCUGUACAAAAGGUGAAA